UCCAAAUCCGACAGAGGCAGGGCCCUGCUCUGCUGCUGUGAUUUCUUUCCAGUCACCUGUGACACAGCCCUCUGCUCUCGGGCAUGCCAGUCACAAAGCCAUACUUCGUGACUGUGGCCGUCCUGCUGAUCCUGGUUGACGAGACCACAGGUGGCCUGUUCGGACUCCGCAGUGGCAAGAGGCAAGAGCCAUGGGUUUCGUGUGAGCUUUACCAGGGCAGCUGCAGAAAUGCCUGCCAGAAAUAUGAGAUCCAGUACCUGACCUGCCCCAAGAAGAGGAAAUGCUGCCUCAAAUUUCCUAUGAAAAUUACUCAUGUCUAACUCUGAGAGGGGCCUGGCUUGCCCACCACGAAUGUUUCAAGCUACUCUCAGGUUUGAAUGUCGCCAGCAUCAUCCCUUCUUGAAGUAAUUUCCCCCACAUUCUGGAAUGUUCUCCUCAUAAAAACGCACUCCUUUCUUG